AUGGGGAACUGCAAAACCUCCCGGGUUCCGAUGGUGACAGGAUUCGUGCAACAAAAGGUGGAGGACAGUGACUCGUUGGCAGGUGGACAACAGUACCAGAGUCUAAUUGGUGCUUUGUUGUACAUUUCUGUCAAUACGCGCCCGGACAUAGGGAUCUCCACAUCUAUUCUCAGGCGGCGGGUCACCAAACCAACCACGGCGGAUUGGAACGAGGCCAAGCGGGUGCUUCGUUACCUCAAAGGUACGGCGGACCACGAGCUGCAUCUAGGCGGCGGUAGCAACCUUCAACUGGAGUGCUUCGUAGACGCGGACUGGGCUGGUGAAGUCGACAACAGGAAGUCGAACACUGGCUACAUCUUCAAGUUCGGUGGCGGACUAGUUGACUGGGGAAGCAGGAAGCAAACGUGUGUGUCCUUAUCCAGCACUGAAGCGGAGUACAUCGCGCUAGCCGAAUGUUUGCAAGAGCUGCAGUGGCUGCGUCGAUUGGUUAAAAACUUGGGCGAGCGUCUGGAGUUACCCAUCGUAGUCAACGAAGACAACCAGAGCUGUAUCGCACUGGCGGCGGCGGACAGGACCUCGCGAAAAUCGAAACACAUCGACACCAAGUACUGUUUCAUUAAAGAUCUGGCAGCAAAUGGCAUCGUUUCCAUUCGGUACUGUCCAACCGUGCAGAUGUAA